AUGACAGCUGAGAAGAGCGGCCCCGUUAUAAACGGUAAACCAGAGGAUGGCAGAGACCCGGAAGGGUCCAACUCCAGCCUAGACAACAGGGAGUACAAUGAGAGAGGCCAGUGGAACAACAAGAUCGAGUUUUUCCUGUCUGUGGCUGGAGAGAUCAUUGGGCUAGGCAAUGUCUGGAGGUUUCCUUACCUCUGCUACAAGAAUGGAGGAGGUGCAUUCUUUGUUCCGUAUGUCAUCUUCUUCGUGUGCUGCGGCAUCCCUGUGUUUUUCUUGGAGACUGCCCUGGGUCAGUUCACCACUGAGGGAGGCAUCACCUGCUGGAGGAAAGUCUGCCCGCUGUUCGAGGGUAUUGGAUAUGCAACCCAGGUGAUUGAAGCUCAUCUAAAUGUGUACUAUGUAGUGAUCCUAUCCUGGGCCAUCUUCUACCUCUUUAACUGCUUCACCACUGAGCUGCCGUGGGCUGGCUGCGGGCACUACUGGAAUACAGAGAACUGUGUUGACUUCUAUGGAGAGAAUGCCACCAACAUUACGAACCCCAACGCAACUUCUCCAGUCAUUGAGUUCUGGGAACGCAGAGUACUGAAGAUAUCCGAUGGUAUUGAGCACAUGGGGGGACUGCGUUGGGAGUUGGCCAUGUGUCUUGCCCUGGCCUGGUUCAUCUGCUACUUCUGCAUCUGGAAGGGACCCAAGUCAACUGGCAAGGUUGUGUAUGUGACAGCUACAUUUCCUUACGUCAUGUUGUUGGUUCUGCUGAUCAGAGGAGUAACGCUGCCUGGAGCAUACGAUGGAAUCAAGUUCUACCUCUACCCAGACAUUUCACGUCUCUCGGACCCUCAGGUAUGGGUGGACGCUGGAACCCAAAUUUUCUUCUCCUAUGCUAUCUGCUUGGGCUGUCUCACUGCUCUUGGGAGUUACAAUUCCUACAACAAUAACUGCUACAGGGAUUGCAUCAUGCUGUGUUGUCUGAACAGUGGCACCAGCUUUCUCGCAGGUUUCGCCAUCUUCUCUGUGCUGGGCUUCAUGGCCUACGAACAGAACGUUCCCAUCGAGGCUGUUGCAGAAUCUGGUCCUGGUCUUGCAUUCAUUGCAUACCCCAAAGCUGUUACUAUGAUGCCUCUGUCUCCACUUUGGGCCUGUCUUUUCUUCAUGAUGCUUAUCUUUCUCGGACUGGACAGUCAGUUUGUGUGUGUGGAAAGCUUAGUGACAGCUGUGGUGGACAUGUACCCAGAGACCUUCAGAAGAGGCUACCGCAGAGAGCUGCUGAUUCUUGGCAUGUCUAUCGUCUCCUUCUUCAUAGGACUCAUCAUGUGUACAGAGGGAGGGAUGUACGUCUUCCAACUGUUUGAUUCAUAUGCUGCCAGUGGGAUGUGCUUGCUGUUUGUGGCCAUAUUUGAGUCCAUAUGUAUCGGCUGGGUGUACGGUAGUGACAGAUUCUACCUAAAUAUUGAGGACAUGAUUGGCUACAAACCUGUCUUCUUCAUCAAAUGGUGCUGGAUGAUCCUGACCCCGGGCAUCUGUGCUGCAAUUUUCUUGUUUUUCCUGAUUAAAUACAAACCUCUCAAGUACAACAACGUGUACACCUACCCUGACUGGGGCUAUGGUAUCGGCUGGUUCAUGGCCAUGUCCUCGAUGGUCUGCAUUCCUCUGGGGAUGAUCUGGAAGAUCUGGCAGACUCCCGGCACCUUCUCUGAGAGAAUGAAGAAGCUGACAACUCCCAGCCCGGACCUGAAAAUGAGAGGGAAAAUCGGCGCCCUCAGUCCUUAUGCCGCCAACGAUGCAAAACUUAAGGCUGAUGGGAAAAUAUCCACCAUCUCAGAGAAGGAGACGCAUUUCUAA